CCAGAGCUCGGUUCCCCGUCCCGACUCUGACUUGCUUGCCCAGAGCAGCUGUUGCCUUCCUGCCUGCAUCCCAUCCAGCCGUCACCAUGAGCCAGUCCUAUUCUUCCAGCCAGCGGCUCUCCUCAUACCGCCGAACCUUUGGUGGGGCACCAGGCUCACCUUCUUUCCCGCGAGCCUCCUUUGGUGCCAGCAAGGGCUCUUCGGCCAGCUCCAUCUCCUCCCGAGUCUACCAAGUGACCCGCGCUGCUGCGCCACCCAGCCUAUCUAGCUUCCGAGCCAGCUACUCCGCUCCCUUGCGCUCAGCCUACCAAGGUGCCGGGGACCUCCUUGACUUCUCCCUGGCCGAUGCCAUGAACCAGGAGUUCCUGCAGACACGCACCAACGAGAAGGUGGAACUUCAGGAGCUCAACGACCGUUUUGCUAACUACAUCGAAAAGGUGCGUUUUCUCGAGCAGCAGAAUGCCCUCAUGGUGGCCGAAGUCAACCGCCUCAAGGGCAAGGAGCCCACGCGUGUUGCUGAGAUGUAUGAAGAGGAGCUGAGGGAGCUGCGGCGGCAGGUGGAGCUGCUGACCAACCAGCGAGCACGUGUUGAUGUGGAGAGGGACAAUCUGCUGGAUGACCUACAGAAGCUCAAGCAGAGGCUGCAGGAAGAGAUCCACCUUAAGGAAGAAGCAGAGAACAACUUAGCCGCUUUCAGAGCUGAUGUCGAUGCAGCCACUUUGGCCCGUAUUGACUUGGAGAGGCGUAUUGAGUCCUUGCAGGAAGAAAUUGCAUUCCUCAAAAAAGUGCAUGAGGAGGAAAUUCGAGAGCUGCAAUCACAGCUGCAAGAGCAGCAAAUCCAGGUGGAGAUGGAUGUGUCGAAGCCGGACCUGACAGCAGCACUGCGUGAUAUCCGUGCCCAAUAUGAGACCAUUGCUGCAAAGAACAUCUCUGAGGCUGAAGAAUGGUAUAAAUCCAAGGUGUCCGACCUGACCCAGGCAGCGAAUAAAAACAAUGAUGCACUGCGCCAAGCCAAGCAGGAGAUGAUGGAAUACCGGCACCAGAUCCAGUCAUACACCUGUGAGAUUGAUGCACUCAAGGGCACGAAUGACUCUUUGAUGAGGCAGAUGAGGGAGAUGGAGGAGCGCUUUUCAGCUGAAGCUGGCAAUUAUCAAGACACGAUCCAGAGGCUUGAAGAGGAGAUCCGACACUUGAAGGAUGAGAUGGCACGGCAUCUCCGCGAGUACCAGGACCUGCUCAAUGUCAAGAUGGCGCUUGAUGUUGAGAUUGCAACUUACCGCAAGUUGCUGGAAGGUGAAGAGAGCAGAAUUUCUCUGCCCAUCCAAACUUUUUCUGCUAUCAACUUCCGAGAAACCAGCCCAGAGCAGCGGAGCUCUGAGGUCCACACCAAGAAAACAGUGACCAUCAAAACCAUUGAGACACGUGAUGGGGAGGUGGUCAGUGAAGCCAUGCAGCAGCAACAUGAAAUGCUGUAGAUCCUGCCAUUGUGAGAGAGGGGAACUAACCCAUCUCAAGCCUUUCCCUCUCCUACGCAAAAACCUGGGCUCCCCGGCUCCCCCACACUCUCCUGCACACCCGCUCUGUGACAGCCCCACUGAAGAGAGCCUCACAGACUCAAUUAUGUAUGUGUGUGAGGCACUCCCUGCCUGUACCCAGUUCCCCGAAGCCUCUCUCCUUCUGCUGCUCUUCUGCCCUGGAAGCUGGGGGUGGGGAGCAGGGCUAAAGAAGAGACAUCGCUCUCUCUGUGUGUGUAUGUGUGUGUACUUGCGUGUGCAUGCAUGUAGGGGAAGGAGGGAGGCUUCCUGCCACUGUAAGGACUAAAAUUCUGGCCACUGCUUGCAAAAGGAACUGCAACUCCACUACUCAACCAUCUACCCCAUAAUUACAUUGUGCAGGCACCUACCCAUGUGAAUGGGCCCUGACAGUUAUGUGUAGCUUCACUCCAGACCCGAGCACAGGCACACAGGCCCCCUGCUUCCUCAAGGCCCUUCUCCUGCAGCAUUAAUGGCGACUGGUCUGCAGGCUGUGGAGGGGCAGGAGAAGGCAGGAAGGAAAGUGGGUGUUGCCCAGAGAAUGAGGAUGAGCCAAUUGCCCAGCCUUGCCUCUGGGACCAAAGCCAUUGAACAUGCCUGCCAACUCCCAACGGAGCAGGACUCCUUGUUUGAGGGCUGGUGGUAUGGUGGGGCUUGUAUCUCUCUAGCUUCAAUGAAAGUCUACCCCUCCAGCUUAGCAGGCCUCCUUAGCAUGGCUAGCUCUCCUGGACAAGGGUUCAGUUGCUCUUCCCCCUAAAUUAAGGGUUCCUGCCAACGCAAGGACAAAGGUUGGGAGGGCCAGAACCCCAAAGGAGGAAGUGAGUGAGGCCGCUUAGAGUAGGGGGCUCCAACUCUUAACAGGAUAUCAUCACUUCUGCUGCAAAAGGAAACUCCUGAAAUAUGGGCUGUUAGGAUCAUCAUACAGAGGGGAAGGAUGCUAUGGGAUUGAGGCAUCUAGUAGUAGAAGCUUAUGGUGGAGUAAAACCCUAGGCUCAAAUCUCAAAUUUACAGGAGCUGCUGCAUAAGGCUUUUUAAAGAUUUGCAGGGAUUGGACAAGAAAAAGAGAAGGAUCUGGCAGGUGAUGGAUAUGGGGUGGGAGGGGAGAGGGAGUGAGAAAAAGUGUGUAUGAAUGAAAGAGAGAGGAGAUGGAGAGAGGCUGAAGGCACAUACCUGGUUCUGUCAAGGGAUUAAUAAACCAUGGAGCACAAGACUGGC